AUGGCUGACACAAGCGACAAGGCGCCAUUCAGUCCUGGAGCCAGACCCUUGUCGCCGAGGGUGGUCACGCGUCAAGCUUGCGAUAAUUGCCGCAUUCGGAAACGAAAAUGUAGCUUCGGGUCGGACAAAGGAAUCCGCUGGGCCACUGUUCCAUGUGCGCCAAAACCAGGUACAAGAUGCCGAAAUUGCAUCAAAGCAGAUUCUCAGUGCACGUUUCUACUACCUUCAAAGGCUCGUGGUCCAAAGACGAGGAGGAAUCUCCAUCAUAAUGCCGCACAACACUCCGUGUCACCGGAAAAUAGCCUCAACCUCGAUUCUGAGCUAGUCAACCAACUUAGUCCCUUCACCACCGAGUCAUCGCCCUCAACUGGCAUCACUGCGUAUGCGACUGAUAUCUUAUUCCCUCGAGAGCUCGUUCGAUUCAUCCUCAGCGACUACGUAACCUAUGUUUACCCACUGAUCCCAGUAAUUCAUCAGCCAACAUUCCAGCUCGAUUUCGACAGCGACCGCGACAUGCACGACGUCGAUUUCCUCGCCUUGAUCAUCUCCCUGUGUGCCGUCACAGUCAGUCUUUUACCCAGCAGAUUCAAGACUUAUAGGAGCUUUUCGAGCCCUCUGCCAUUUGAAACACGCACUGAGAUGGCAGACCAGUGUCACAAGCUCAAUCAGAGUUUUCGAGAUACGACAUAUUUCGAUACAGUCAGCCAUCAAAAGUGGGCAAGCACGUUUCUGCUAGGUGUCGCAUUUCAUCAAACGGUCAACAACAAUCUUUGGCGUAUGCUGGAGGUUGAGUCAAUGCAGCUGCUGCGUUUACUAGAAGUGCAGCAUCUUUCAAGUUAUAGUGGCCUUGACGCCGUAGAGAUUCAGCUCCGGAAGAAGGCUUUCUGGUUAAUGUUCUACGGCUACGUUCAUCAGAUGUAUAACUUGCGGAACGAGCGACUAAUGUUUCUCGAUCCCGCAACCUUGAGUGAUUUAGACAUUGAAGGGCUUAUGCCCUACGCUGUGGAUGAUGAAUUCAUUUCCUGCACCGGCGUACUUACCUGCCCCGAAGAUGUCUCCUCGAAGUCCUUGACUGCCGGUUUCAACAUUCAUUCUCGAGUUUUUGCCGCUGCUGUUAUAUCUCCACGUCUCACGACUCAUCCAGCACCUGACCUCUGUCACCCGAAGGAUCCAGUAUCACGGCUUGAUUCUCUCAAGAAUCGAUUGCAUCAUCUCAAGUAUAUGCUUGAUACCAUUGUACCUGCUUAUCGACCCUGGCUUCCAAGGACUCACAACCCAGACCCAGAAGGGGGCACUGACGUGGUAAAUGUCCAACGAGAAGCCAUUCGGGUUAAUAUACAUGUAACACACUUAUGGCUGCAAAGUGUUCUACUGGACCAAAUCGAUUUGCUUGCCGGUGAGAAGCACUUAUCUUCUCUGGUUACACCAUCAUUAGUAACUUCCUCACUCACACCCACUUCUCGUCUUCAAAUACUGAAUCCUGUUUUGUGGGAUGAACGGGAACAUAUCUGUCGGCAACUUCUCCACUUCCUGCAUUCUAUGUCUCAUUCUGGUUUAGAAUCAAAUGGCAUUUCUUUAGUCAGUAUAUUCAUUUCCCCUCAAUUAUCUCAAACGAGCCAGGAGAGUGCGGCACAAGCCCAGUAA